GGCCCGAAGUGGACCGACGCAUUCGAUCGAUCCACAGGGGCCACACUCACAUCAUGCACCUCAUCAUCUCAAUUACCAAUCACUGUUAGGAUUCAUAGUUGGAUCGUGUUCUUCCUCGGAGAUUCCGUGUUCUGAUCCCCAGCUUUCAUUGGGCGAAACCAAGGAAGAGCCUCGAUGGGUUGCUUCUGCUGUUUCAAGCCACCCAAAGCGAAAGAGGAACCUUCCUAUGAGAAGGGAAGAGAAGGGAAGAACACAAACACACUCGUCUAUCUUGCUAAGAACCUUUCCAUUGGAUCAGGUACUUACAAGCGCAGAUUUGUAGCCGAAGAGAUUCUACGGAUAGGCAAUGGGAACUGCCACGCUCGCGUCUUCACGUUUGCUGAGCUCGCGGCGGCGACCAACGGCUUCAAAGCAGAAUGCCUUCUGGGCGAGGGUGGAUUCGGCAGAGUUUACAGAGGACAUCUCAGAGACACCAACCAAGAUAUAGCAGUGAAGCAGCUGGAACGGAGCGGUGUACAGGGAAGCAGGGAGUUCCUCGUGGAAGUGCUGAUGCUGAGCCUGCUUCAUCACCCAAACCUCGUCAACUUGAUCGGCUACUGCGCAGACGGAAACCAGAGGAUCUUAGUCUACGAGUAUAUGCCGCUGGGAUCGUUGGAGGAUCAUCUUCUCGGUAAGCAAAUCGAUGAUAUCCUGCAACAUUCGGCUUUGGGGCAUUUCGUCGAACACUCAAGAGUCGCACUGCCAGAUCUGUGCCCGGGACAGCGGCCGCUGGACUGGAGCACGAGGAUGAGGAUAGCCGAAGGUGCCGCCAAAGGGCUGGAGUACCUGCACGACACCGCGAAGCCGCCGGUGAUCUUCCGAGACUUCAAGGCAUCGAACAUCCUGCUGGACCGGGAGUACAAACCGAGGCUGUCGGACUUCGGGUUGGCCAAGGUUGGGCCGGUGGGCGACAAGAGCCAUGUGUCGACGAGGGUGAUGGGGACGUACGGCUACUGCGCUCCCGAGUACGCGUUGACGGGACAACUGACGAAGAUGUCGGAUGUGUACAGCUUCGGCGUCGUGUUCUUGGAGAUCAUCACGGGGAGGAGGGCGAUCGACAUGUCGAGGCAUUCCAGCGAGCAGCAUCUCGUGCAGUGGGCAGAACCACUGUUGAAGGACAAGACGAAGUUUGCGGAGAUGGCGGACCCAUUGCUGGAAGGGAAGUACCCGACGAAGGGCCUCUACCAAGCUCUUGCGGUGGCGGCGAUGUGCCUGCAGGAGGAAGCGAGCAGCCGCCCCUUGAUCAGCGACGUGGUGACCGCUCUCGAGUACCUCGCUGCUUCACCCAGCGAUCCUCCUCCGAGGAGCUCGCCCUCUCGAGAUGGGAACGGUUCCGAUGGCGGAGAAGAAGGGAAGCGGAGGCUGCCAUCGAGUCAUGGCGAUCAGGAGACUCGUGCUUCGUUGAGGAACAGGGAAGAGAACAUGGGGCGCAUAUAGCGUGAGGCAUGUGUGUGUGUGCGUGUUGUGUGAUUGUAGAAGAGUUGUAUAGAUGUGCUUGUAGGAGGAGAUCUCCAUCUCUUGGUUACUUUAUAAUGAGAAGCUCUAUCAAAGGGA